ACCCAAAAGCACGAAUUGGUGCUGUACUACCGUGGCAUAUACUUGCACACGUUAAAGCUUAAAGAUUGAAACUUUAUGACCUAUGGCCAAACCGCCGGAGUCACCGCCGACAGAUGCCAACGAGUAUUCACCGGCCAAUACUCUCGUUCCGUUCGAGCGCCCGGUUCCGUUGCUCCGAGGACCAAUCCGGACCGACCCGAAGGAUGACCCAAGCGCCGGCCAAUUCACUCUGGCAUUCAAAGACCCAGUUUCAUGGGCAUCCGCUUACCGGGCCUGCGAGAACCAAAUCAUUCAACAAUGCGAGGCCGGAGCCAGAAUCGGCUGCUCCGUCGCCGCUUCCCAGAGAUGCCAACCCCCCUGGUGGAAAUUCCUCUUCGGCGGCGGCGCAUCCAAGCAGGAAUUCGCAGAGAGGCAAAAAUGCGAAGAACGAGAAAUGGAGGGUUGCCUUAGUGAGGCCAAGGAGAGAUGCUCCGGUUACGCGAAGGAGAAGUGUUCGCGGGCGUUUCUCGAUGCGAGGAUUGCCGUCAAAGCUUCGGAAAAUCCAAACUUGAACUGGAGAGAAGCAUCGAAGUUAAUAUCUUGUGUAAACUUAGCUGAGAAGAAUUUGGGAGCUGAUUUAUUGGGUCCUGAUUCUGCAAAUAUUGAUGAUUUUUUGAAAACCCAAUUCCAGAUAUAGCAAUUAAGAUGAAGUGCACACAGUUUUGGAGUAAAAUUGAUAGAUGUAAUCACUCUGGAAUAGAAAAGACUUUUUCUUUGAAAGGGUAGCCCCUAUUUCUCAAGUUUCAAUCUUUCAUUGAAGUACUGUUGCACUUUUUAUUGGAUUA